UAAUUUAGAAAUUAGAUAAUUUCCCAACAUUAUUUAGAGAAAGGGCUCAUAAAUAAAACCUAAAAUGUCAUUCAUUUUCAAAUAAACAUUUUUCUUUUCUUUUUAAAAAACUCCAAAAAAAAAAACAAAAAAAAAAGAGAAAAGAAAAAGAAAAGGAAAAGGAAAAGAAAAAACCAAGAAACAGAAACACCAUUUUUCUCUUUCUCUCUCCUCCAUUUUGCUUUGGUGUUCCGCCUCUUCUGUUUCUCUCUCCUCUUUUUCUCUCUCUAUUCUUGUAUAGUCGAAAAUCCAAGAACAAAUUUCGGAUGUGUAUGCAUCUUCAUCUUCUUCAUAAUCUUUGAGAAAUUAAUCAAGGGAAGUUUGGAUUUUGCAGAAAUGGCUACCUUAAGAUCGAGUUUGCCGUCGCGGCUUCGGCAGCUCUUUUCUAAUGAAGGAUCUUUUGGUCCUUCUGUUCAACUUGAUUCUGAGACGCCUCCUAAAAUCAAAGCAUUUAUUGACAAGGUUAUUCAGAGUCCAUUGCAAGACCUGGCAAUUCCAUUGUCUGGUUUUCGCUGGGAGUACAACAAGGGGAAUUUUCAUCAUUGGAGACCACUGUUUCAUCACUUUGAUACAUACUUCAAGGCAUAUCUAAUUCAAAGGAAUGACCUCCUCCUCUCAGAUACUAUUACAGAGGAUGAGGCCCCAUUUCCAAAGCAUGCUGUUUUGCAGAUCUUGAGGGUGAUGCAAAUCAUCCUUGAGAACUGUCACAAUAAGGGUUCAUUUGAUGGUCUAGAGCAUUUCAAGUUUCUUCUUGCAUCAACAGAUCCUGAGGUUCUUUUGGCCACAUUAGAGACUCUUUCUGCACUAGUAAAAAUACCUCCCUCUAAGCUGCAUGUAAGUGGAAAGAUGAUUGGACUUGGCUCUAUCAAUAGUUGCCUAUUGUCACUAGCCCAGGGAUGGGGGAGCAAGGAAGAAGGCCUGGGUUUGUAUUCAUGUGUUGUGGCAAAUGAGAAGAGUCGAGAAGAGGGAUUAUCUUUAUUUCCCUCUGACGCACAGGACAAAGAUGAAAAGUCUCAAACUCGUCUAGGCUCGACCUUGUACUUUGAAUUGCACGGGGUUAGUCCUCAAAGAAGUGGGGAAAGCAGUAGUGAUGUAAAAUCUUCUAGUUCAACCAUGAUUCAUAUGCCAGAUCUGCAUUUAAGGAAAGAGGAUGAUCUUUUGCUCCUUAAGCAGUGCAUUGAGCAGUAUAAUGUACCAAUUGAGCAGAGAUUCUCGCUGCUCACAAGAAUCAGAUAUGCACAUGCUUUUCGUUCUCCCAGAUUAGGCAGAUUGUACAGUAGAAUUUGCCUUCUUGCUUUUAUUGUGCUUGUGCAGUCUAACGAUGCAAAUGACGAGCUUGUGCCUUUUUUUGCUAACGAGCCGGAAUAUACUAACGAGCUAAUAAAGAUAGUUCGAUCUGAGGAAACUAUUUCUGGAACUGUCAGAACACUUGCUAUGCUUGCAUUGGGAGCUCAAUUGGCUGCAUAUUCAUCAUCUCAUGAUCGAGCCAGGAUGCUGAGUGGUUCAAGCAUUAAUUUUGCUGGGGGAAACCGAAUGAUUCUUCUGAAUGUACUUCAGAAGGCAAUUUUGUCUUUGAAGAAUUCUAAUGAUCCUUCAUCUCUUGCUUUUGUUGAGGCACUUCUGCAAUUCUAUCUGCUUCAUGUUAUAUCUACUUCAAGUUCGGGGAGCAUCAUCCGUGGCUCGGGAAUGGUUCCAACAUUUUUGCCUCUUUUGGAGGAUUCGGAUCCUGCACAUAUGCACCUUGUCUGUUAUGCUGUGAAAACUCUUCAGAAGCUGAUGGAUUACAGUAAUGCAGCUGUUACCCUUUUGAAAGAUUCGGGAGGUGUUGAACUUUUAGCCCAGAGACUGCAUAUAGAGGUUCAAAGAGUAAUUGGUACAGCUGGUUCAGAUGAUACUGUGAUGGUUUUGGGUGAGGGUUCAAGCUCUUGUGAGGAUCAUUUAUAUGGUCAGAAGAGGCUCAUUAGGGCUUUGUUGAAGGCUCUUGGGUCAGCGACCUAUGCUCCUACAAACGCAUCCAGCUCCCAGAGUUCUCAUGAUAGUACCUUGCCAUCCACUUUUGCUUUGAUAUUUGGUAAUGUUGGGAAAUUUGGUGGUGAUAUUUAUUGCUCAGCUGUUACCGUUAUGAGCGAAAUCCUCCAUAAAGACCCCACUUGUUUCCCUAUUUUACAUGAAUUUGGUCUGCCAGAUGCAUUUUUAUCUUCAGUUGUUGCUGGUGUACUACCUUCUUCGAAGGCUCUCACAUGCGUGCCUAGUGGCUUGGGUGCUAUUUGCCUUAAUACCAAAGGUUUGGAGGCAGUUAAUGAAAGUUCUGCAUUGCGUUUUCUUCUGGAUAUUUUCACAUGCAAGAAAUAUGUUGUUGCUAUGAAUGAAGCUAUUGUUCCUUUGGCAAAUGGUGUGGAAGAGCUGUUGCGUCAUGUAUCUUCACUCAGAAGCACCGGGGUUGAUAUUAUUAUUGAGAUUAUCAACAAAAUCUCUUCUUUUGGGGAGGGCAGCUCUUCAGGCUCAUCUGAAAAGGUCAACAAGGGCAAUUCUAUGGAAAUGGAUUCUGGAGCGAAAGCAAGUGGAAGUGAAAGCUCUUCCAGUAUUUUUUCUCCUGAUCCUGCUGGGGAGGGGAUUACUGAUGAGCAGUUCAUUAACUUGAGUGUCUUCCAUGUAAUGGUGCUGAUUCACAGGACAAUGGAGAAUUCAGAAACUUGUCGGUUGUUUGUAGAGAAGUCUGGUAUUGAUGCUUUGUUGAAGCUUUUACUCCGGCCUAGUAUCGCCCAAUCCUCUGAGGGGAUGGCUAUUGCUUUGCACAGCACCAUGGUUUUCAAGGGCUUCACCCAGCAUCACUCUACUCCGCUAGCUCGUACUUUCUGUUCAUUUUUGAGGGAUCAUUUAAAGAAGGCUUUGACUGGAUUUAGUCUGGUUGGAGGGUCAUUCUUGUUGGAUUCUAAGGCUAAACUUGACGAUGGAGUUUUCUCUUCAUUGUUUCUUGUUGAAUUUCUUCUAUUUCUCGCUGCUGCAAAAGAAAAUCGGUGGAUAUCCGCAUUGCUUACAGAAUUUGGUGGUGAUAACAAGGAUGUAUUGGAAGAUAUUGGGAGAGUGCAUCGUGAAUGUUUAUGGCAGCUUGCACUUCUUGAGGAUGCUAAAGUAGAUGUACAAGAAGGUGCUGAUUCUGUUUCUGCACCAGAAUCACAGCAGGUAUCUAGUUCUGGCGGGACUGAGGAACAGAGAGUCACUUCUUUUAGGCAGUUGCUUGAUCCACUAUUCAGAAGAAGGAUGUCUGGUUGGAGUGUUGAGUCCCAGUUUUUUGAUCUUAUUAAUCUCUACAGAGAUCUUGGUAGAGCAAGUGGGAUUCAAAGAAGUACUUCUGAUGGCUCAAACCUACGUCUGGGAAGCAGCCAGCAAUCACGUGAGUCAGGUGGUUCAGAUACUGAUAGUGCUUCUAGGAGGGAGGAGGAUAAGCAGAAAAAUUAUUUUUCAUCUUGUUGCGAUAUGGUCAGAUCACUUGUAUUACACAUUAUGCAUCUACUUCAAGAAUUGGGGAAGUCAAUGAUGUUGCCUUCUCGUCGACGUGAGGAUGCUGUUAAUAUAUCACCUUCUUCUAAAGCUGUAGUAUCUACCUUUUCCUCUAUCUGUCUGGAACAUAUGAAUUUUGGGGGUCAUAUGAGCCCUUCUGGAUCUGAAGCAUCAGUAUUCAGCAAGUGCCGAUACUUUGGCAAGGUUGUGGAUUUCAUUGAUGGCAUCUUAAUGGACAGGCAUGAUUCCUGUAAUCCUGUACUGUUAAAUUGCUUGUAUGGGCAAGGUGUCAUUCAGUCUGUGUUGACGACAUUUGAAGCUACAAGCAAAUUGCUGUUUACGGUCCCUGCAUCACCUAUGGAGACAGAUGAUGGAAAUCUGAAACACGAGAAAAAGGAAGAGUCUGAGCAUUCAUGGCUCUAUGGACCUCUUGCUAGCUAUGGGAAGCUGAUGGAUCACCUGGUCACCUCAUCAUAUAUACUGUCUCCCUUUACUAAACACUUGCUUGUUCAAGCUUUAUCUAGUGGUACUAUUCCAUUUCCACCGGAUGCUGAGACAUUUGUCAAGGUUCUACAGUCUAUAGUCCUGAAGGCUGUGCUUCCAGUAUGGAACGAUCCACAAUUUGUUGAUUGCAGCUAUGAAUUCAUCACUUCAAUUAUCUCUAUUAUUAGGCAUAUAUAUUCUGGAGUUGAAGUGAAAAAUGUCAGUAGUAGUAGCAGCAGCAACCGUGUAACUGGUCCACCUUUAAAUGAAGCAGUUAUUGCAACAAUUGUAGAUAUGGGGUUUUCAAGGGCCAGAGCUGAAGAAUCUCUGAGACAAGUUGGAGCCAACAGUGUUGAGUUGGCAAUGGAUUGGCUGUUCAAUCAUCCAGAGGAAGUCCAAGAAGAUGAUGAGCUUGCUCGUGCACUUGCUAUGUCUCUGGGAAACCCGGAGUCAGAAUCAAAAGAAGAUGCUGUGAUUGAAAGCAAUCAAAAUUUUGAAGAAGAGAUGGCACAGCUUCCACCAAUUGAUGAAUUGUUGUUGACUUGUAUUAAGCUUUUGCAGUCAAAGGAAUCCCUAGCAUUUCCAGUUCGAGACUUGCUUAUGACAAUGUGCUCCCAGAACAAUGGUCAAUACAGACCUAAUGUUAUCUCCUUUAUUGUUAACCAGAUAAAGAAAUGUAACUCUGUAACAGAUGGUGGGAAUAGCUCUAUGCUGUCUGCGUUGUUUCAUGUUCUUGCUUUGAUUCUCCAUGAAGAUGCUGUGUCCCGAGAAACUUGUCUGAAAAAUGGCUUGGUUGAGCUUGUCUCUGAUGUAUUGUGGCAAUGGGAUGGGGGAUCAACUGGUGGGAUAGAAGCACAUGUUCCUAAAUGGGUAACAGCUGCAUUUCUUGCUGUUGAUCGUUUGUUACAAGUUGAUCAGAAGCUGAAUCCAGAGGUUAUUGAAUUGUUGAAGAGGAACACUGAGAGUGGCCAGCAGAAACCAGUCAUUAUUGAUGAGGAUAAGCAAAAUAAGCCGCUGGAAUCAUUACAACCGCGUGUUGAUUCUGAUCAGCAGAAGAGGCUUAUUGAGGUUGCUUGUAGCUGUAUUAGGAAACAAAUGCCCUCAGAGACAAUGCAUGCUGUUCUCCAGCUAUGUGCGACACUGACACGAAUCCACUCUGUUGCUGUUAAUUUUCUUGAUGCGGGGGGUCUUCCUUUGCUUCUCAAUCUACCGACGAGCAGCCUGUUCUCUGGUUUUGACAAUAUUGCAUCUACUAUCAUCCGUCAUAUUCUUGAAGAUCCUCAGACCCUUCAGCAGGCAAUGGAGUCUGAGAUAAGACACAAUAUUGUUACUGCAACAAACAGACAAUCUAGUGGAAGGCUUACUGUCCGCAACUUUCUGUCAAAUUUGACAUCCGUGAUAUCUAGAGACCCUGUGGUAUUCAUGAGGGCUGCACAGUCUGUUUGUCAAGUUGGGAUGGUUGGUGACAGGCCAUAUAUUGUAUUACUGAAAGAUCGUGAGAAGGAUAAACUUAAGGACAAGGAGAAAGAAAAGGAAAAAACAUCUGAGAAGGAUAAACCAUUGGGUAUUGAUGCGAAGCCUAAUCCUGGUGGUCUUUCUCCUGUGGUGUUAGGAGGUGGGCAAGGGAAGCUUCAGGAAUCCAAGAGUUUUAAGGCUCACAGGAAACCUCCCCAAAGCUUCAUCAAUGUAAUCGAACUUCUCCUGGAUAGAGUUGUAACGUUUGAACCCCCUAAGAAAGAUGAUUCCUUACCUGGAGCUUCGGGUACACAGUCCACAACUAAAAUGGACAUCGAUGUUGCUACAUAUAAAGGAAAAGGAAAGGCUCCUGUGAUUGAAUCUGAAGAAAAUGAAGCACAAAACCAGGAUGUUUCUGCUUCACUGGCCAAAAUUGUGUUUAUGUUAAAGCUUCUCACAGAGAUUCUUGUCACAUAUUCUGCUUCUGUGCAUGUUUUGUUGCGGAAGGAUGUUGAAAUUAGUAGCUGCAAGAACCUGCCACAGCAUGGCUCUUCUGGAUGCACCUCUGGGGGAUUAUUUUUCCAUGUUCUGCACAAAUUUGUCCCCUACUCUAAAAGACCCAAAAAAGAAAAGAAAUUAGAUGGUGACUGGAAGCACAAGCUUGCAACCAGGGCCAGUCAAUUUUUGGUAGCUGCAUGUGUGCGGUCUGCUGAGGCAAGGAAGAGAAUAUUUACAGAGAUUAAUUCAGUUUUCAAUGACUUUGUGGAAUCUUCUGAGGGUUUCAAUUCACCAGGCAAUGAAAUUUUGGCCUUUAUUGAACUUAUAAAUGAUGUGCUCGGUGCUCGAUCCCCAUCUGGUUCAUAUACCUCAUCAGAAGCUUCUGCUACUUUCAUUGAUGUUGGUUUGGUCAGAUCAUUGACUCGUACCCUACAAGUGUUGGACCUUGACUUGGGUGACUCAUUAACUGUUGUUACUGGACUCACCAAAGCAUUAGAAUUGGUGACAAAGGAAUAUAUACAUUCUGCUGAUGCUCAUGCAGGUAAGAAUGAGGGCUCUGCCAAACCCUCUGAUAUUAAUUUGCAUGAGAGAAUUGAAAAUAGUAGCGAUGGUGUGCAAGCUAUAGCAGCUGCUUCUCAAGAGAAUGAUAAUUCUGUUACUGAUGUUCGAGGCGAUUCUUUUAGCGUUGGGCAUAUGUAUGGUGGCUCUGAGGCUGUAACAGAUGAUAUGGAGCAUGACCAGGAUCUUGAUGGAGGCUUUGCUCCAAACGAAGAUGAUUACAUGCAUGACACACCAGGUGAUGGAAGGGGCCUUGAGAAUGGGGUUGCUAAUGUAGGAAUUAGAAUUGAAAUUCAACCAGAUGGACAAGAAACUCUAGAUGACGACGACGAUGAUGAGAUGUCUGUAGAUGAUGCGGAUGAUGGAGAUGAUGAUGAAGAUGAUGAAGAUGAAGAUGAGCAUAAUGAUUUGGAAGAAGAUGAGGAUCACCACCUUCCCCAUCCAGAUACUGAUCAGGAUGACCAUGAGAUGGAUGAAGAUGAGUUUGAUGAUGAAGUUUUGGAGGAAGAAGAUGAGGAGGAUGAAGAUGAUGAAGAUGGACUCAUACUUCGGUUGGAGGAAGGCAUCAAUGGGAUCAAUUUACUUGAUCACAUAGAGGUUUUUGGUAGAGAUCACAGUUUUGCAAAUGAAACUCUGCAAGUGAUGCCUGUAGAAUUAUUUGGCUCUAGGCGCCAAGGGCGUUCUACUUCCAUAUACAAUCUUCUUGGACGAAGUGAAAACACUGCGCCGUCUCAACAUCCAUUGCUCGUUGAGUCCCACCCUUCUUCAACUUCGACGACUUCUAGGGCUUCAGAAAAUACAAGUGAUCUGUUGUUUUCUGAUAGAAACUUGGAAAGUGCAUCUUCUCGGCUAGACACUAUAUUUCGUUCUGCGCGAAAUGGACGUCAAAGUCACCGGUUCAAUUUGUGGCUUGAUGAUAAUGAGCAAGGUGGUGGUUCUAGUUCAACUGCUAUACCACAAGGCUUGGAGGAGUUUAUUGUGUCACAGCUGAGGAGGCCAGAGACGGAGAAGCCUUCUGAUGAAAACAGGACCAGUGUUGACUCUGAGAGAAAGAUUGAUGCUGGCAAGCUGCAACCAUCUGAAACAAGUAUGAGGGAAGAUACUCCAGUUGAGAAUAAUGCAAAUGACCAAAGUUCUUAUCCUCCCGUACCAUCAUCUGAAGCAAUGGACAGCUCUAAUUCUGAUAAUAGAUUGGGGUCAAUUACACCUCAUCAAGGAACUGAUGAGCCAUGUGCAGUGUCUCAGUCUGUUGAUUUGCAAUUUGAACAUAAUGAUGCGGCAGUUCGAGAUGUUGAGGCAGUGAGCCAAGAAAGUGGUGGCAGUGGGGCAACUUUGGGAGAAAGUCUCCGAAGCCUUGAUGUUGAAAUCGGGAGUGCUGAUGGUCAUGAUGAUGGAGCAGACAGACAAGGUUCUGCUGACAGAAUGCCAUUGGGUGAGUCACUGGGAACUCGGACCAGGAGAAACACUGUUUCGUUUGGUGCGACUACCCCUGCUGGUGGCAGGGAUACACCACUUCAUAGUUUAAGUGAAGUUGCAGAAAACCCUAAUCAGGAGGCUGAGGAAGGUGUUCCUGGUGAUGGGGGGCAAACGACGGGUGAUGGUGAGUCUGGUUCAAUUGAUCCUGCAUUCCUUGAUGCACUUCCAGAAGAGUUGCGAGCUGAAGUUUUAUCUGCCCAGCAAGGUCAGGUUACGCAGCCUGCUAAUGCUGAGCAGCAGAAUACUGGAGAUAUCGAUCCUGAAUUUCUUGCCGCACUGCCGGCAGAUAUUCGAGCUGAAGUUCUUGCGCAGCAGCAGGCACAGAGGCUACAUCAAUCCCAGGAGCUGGAAGGGCAACCCGUUGAGAUGGAUACUGUUUCAAUAAUUGCUACCUUUCCUUCAGAACUCAGAGAAGAGGUCCUUUUAACAUCUUCUGAUGCUGUGCUGGCAAAUUUAACUCCUGCUCUUGUUGCUGAGGCAAACAUGUUACGUGAAAGAUUUGCUCACCGUUAUCACAGUCGCACACUAUUUGGUAUGUACCCAAGAAGCCGAAGAGGCGAGUCUUCCAGAAGAGGUGAAGGAACUGGCCUGGACAGAGCUGUUGGUACGGUUGCUUCACGUCGUUCAGUUGGAGGUAGACUACUUGAAGCUGAUGGUGCUCCCUUAGUUGAUACGGAUGCUCUUAAGGGAAUGAUAAGGCUGCUGCGUGUUGUUCAGCAAGUCUAUAAAGGCUCAUUUCAGAGACUUCUUUUGAAUCUGUGUGCUCAUUCCGAGACCAGGACUGCAUUAGUUAAAAUUUUGAUGGAGAUGCUGAUGCUUGAUGAGCAUAAGCUGGGCAAUCAGCAAAAUGAUGCUGAGCCUUUAUAUCGGCUGUAUGCUUGCCAAAGCCAUGUGAUGUAUUCACGCCCUCAGUUUGUUGAUGGAGUCCCUCCUUUGGUUUCUCGGCGAGUUCUUGAAACUCUAACCUACCUGGCUCGAAAUCAUCCCUUUGUUGCCAAGAUUCUGCUCGAACUUAGACUGCCACUUCUGUCUCAUUGUGCAUUUGAGAAUGCAGAUAAAGUGCACGGUAAAGCAUUGAUGAUUGUUGAUGCUCAAAAUGCUGAGGCGCAUGAGGAGUUGCAUUCUGUUGCUCUGUUAUUGGGUCUUUUGAAUCAACCUCUUUAUUUGAGGAGCAAUGCGCACUUAGAACAGCUCUUAAGCCUACUGGAUGUUAUAAUUGACAAUGCUGGAAGUAAAUCUAGUCAAAAUAAACCUGCAUUACCUGCUCCAGAACAGCCGUCUGGCUCUUCUGAGGUACCUACAACCGAUGCUGAGAUGCAACCUACUGAUUCAAGAGCAAUUUCUUCUGAAGUCAAUGUGGAAUCUAAAGUUGAUGAGUCUAUGGUACCUUCAGUUUCUGGUUUAAGUGAGGCAUAUGAUGCUCAGUCUGCUCUGCUUAGCCUUCCUCAGUCUGAUCUUAGGCUGUUAUGCUCUUUACUUGCAACUGAGGGUUUGUCAGAUAAUGCUUAUGCACUUGUUGCUGAUGUGCUGAAGAAAUUGGUGGCUUAUACUCCAUCUCAUUGUCAUUUAUUCAUAACUGAGCUUGCAAACUCAGUGCAAAAUUUAAGUCAAUCUGCCAUGGAAGAGUUGCAUUCCUUUGGAGAGGCUGAAGGAGCACUCCUACAUUCUACCUCUUCUGACGGAGCAGCAAUACUGAGGGUGUUGCAGGCUCUUAGCUCUCUUGUUUCCUCUGUGAAUGAGAAGCAAGAAGAUCAGCAAAAUGAUGUUGGAAAGGAUCACAGUGUUGCCCUUUCUCUUGUUAGCAAAAUCAACUCUGUUUUGGAACCCUUAUGGCUGGAGCUGAGCAGUUGCAUAAGCAUAAUAGAGGUUUAUUCGGAGUCUGGUCUUGAACUACCUCCAUCUCUAGCUGUCAAAUCUAAACCUUCCCCUGCAAGCCCACCUCUCCCCGCUGGCAGCCAAAAUGUCCUGCCUUACAUUGAAUCUUUCUUUGUGACGUGUGAGAAAAUAUACCCUGGACAGCCUGGUGCAAGUCAGGACUUUACUGUUGCUGCCGUUCCAGAAGUAGAUGAUGCCAGUACUUCUGCUAGCAAGCAGCAGGUAUUAGGCCCUGUCUCCUGUGUUGAUGAGAAGCGUGCUGCUUUUGUGAAGUUCACUGAGAAGCAUCGAAAGUUGUUGAAUGCUUUUAUACGGCAGAACCCUGGGCUGCUUGAAAAGUCCUUUUCCUUGAUGAUAAAGGUUCCUCGUUUCAUUGAUUUUGAUAACAAACGUGCUCACUUUAGAUCAAAGAUAAAGCAUCAACAUGACCAUCAUCACAGUCCUUUGAGGAUUUCAGUGAGAAGAGCGUACAUUCUUGAAGAUUCAUACAAUCAACUGCGAAUGAGGUCUACCCAAGAAUUGAAGGGAAGGUUGACUGUGCAUUUCCAGGGAGAGGAAGGUAUUGAUGCCGGAGGGCUUACUAGGGAAUGGUAUCAGUCAUUGUCCCGGGUUAUCUUUGACAAAGGUGCAUUAUUGUUCACUACCGUGGGCAAUGAUUCUACCUUUCAGCCAAACCCAAAUUCUGUGUAUCAGACUGAGCAUCUAUCGUACUUCAAAUUUGUUGGGCGAGUUGUUGGCAAAGCCCUGUUCGAUGGUCAGCUUUUGGAUGUUCAUUUUACUCGCUCAUUUUACAAGCAUAUCCUUGGUGUUAAAGUGACUUAUCAUGACAUAGAAGCCAUUGAUCCAGACUACUGCAAAAAUCUUAAAUGGAUGCUUGAGCAUGAUAUAAGCGAUGUGCUAGACCUUACUUUCAGCAUUGAUGCUGAUGAGGAGAAGCUGAUAUUGUAUGAAAGGACACAGGUGACGGAUUAUGAGCUAAUUCCUGGUGGACGAAACAUUAAAGUCACAGAGGAGAAUAAGCAUCAAUAUGUAGAUUUAGUUGCGGAACACAGAUUGACAACUGCAAUUCGUCCUCAAAUUAAUGCUUUCUUGGAUGGAUUCACUGAGCUGAUUGCUCGAGACCUCAUAUCUAUUUUCAAUGACAAAGAACUUGAAUUAUUGAUAAGUGGGCUUCCAGAUAUUGAUUUGGAGGAUAUGAGAGCGAAGACUGAAUAUUCUGGGUACAGUCCUGCAUCUCCGGUUAUUCAGUGGUUCUGGGAAGUGGUCCAGGGAUUUAGCAAGGAAGAUAAGGCACGCUUGCUGCAAUUUGUUACUGGCACUUCCAAGGUUCCUCUUGAAGGUUUCAGUGCCCUUCAAGGCAUUUCAGGCGCACAAAAGUUUCAAAUACACAAAGCAUAUGGAAGUGCAGAUCAUUUACCAUCUGCGCAUACAUGCUUCAACCAGUUGGAUCUACCAGAGUAUCCUUCUAAAGAACAUCUGCAGGAGAGGUUACUGCUCGCGAUCCAUGAAGCUAGCGAGGGAUUCGGAUUUGGCUAAGAAUCUUGAUUUAUUAUGGGUAGUGGGAACGAGAGUUACUGUAGAUAAAAAUUGUUUCCUUAGUUAUUAUUGAGCUGUAAUUGGGAGGGCAAGUUGGAAUGUGGACUUUUGAGUUGGUAAAAUUGUUAAUAUAAUGUACAGUUCUAUUAAUUUGUCCACCUAUAUAAUUGAUACGAGUACUUGGCAGUUUUUGUUCUUGCCAAUUUGCAUUUAGCUGAAGGUAUUAUAUAAAGUUAAUCUUAUUUUUUCAUAGCUUUGAGAGCGCGAAAUGUAAGACUUAUUAUAAGAAAAAGCUUUGAUUAAUAAAGGGAAAGCGUUAAUC